AUGGAAGGAAAGAUUGAGAUAGUUUCUGUGGAGCUCGUUAAACCUCUUUCUCCUACUCCCAAUCACCUUAGAUGCUUCGAAUUUUCUCUUCUGGACCAAAUGGCUGUAGACAUGUCUGAUAACUCAGUUGAAUGCAACGACGAUGGAGUACCUUUUUACGAGGCUUUUGCUCAUAACUAUCGAUUGGAAAAUGUUCUUAGAAAGCCUGCAUAUGUCAACCAAAAGUUCCUCCCAACUACUGUAGAAGAGGGAUCAUUGAUGCCUGAUUCAGCCUUAUAUCCCCUACUUGUUCAAGUCACUAUUUUUGAGUGCGGAGGUAUGGCUAUUGGUAUACGUGCUUCUCACAAAGUUGCUGAUUGUGCCACAUUGUGCACUCUCAUCAAUGCCUGGUCAACAAUUGCUCGAGGUAACAUUGAAGUCGUUGUGCCAGAAUUCGUUGCGGCUGCAAAAUUCCCCAUGUUCAAUCCAAGCCUAUGA